AUGGCAGCCGACCUGAAGCACAAGCAGAAGCCGGCAGAGGCCAGCCCAACGAAGAAUUACAAGGGUUUCGUCGCUGGUGUUUUCUCCGGCAUUGCGAAGCUCUCGGUUGGCCAUCCUUUCGACACGGUCAAAGUCCGCCUGCAGACUACCGACUCGUCGCGCUUCGCCGGCCCCCUACAAUGCGUCGCCCAAACCCUCCGCCAUGAAGGCGUGCGCGGGCUCUACAAGGGCGCCUCGCCACCGCUUGUGGGAUGGAUGUUCAUGGACAGCAUCAUGCUCGGCUCCCUGACCGUAUACCGCCGGCUGCUGGCCGAGAACCUAUUCCUCCAACACACCCCCACACUGCCGCAUGCCGACCCGGCCGCCGCCGACCACAAGCAGCCCAUCGCCGGCGCUGCCCACGCCGUCGCCCACCUGCCCUCGUAUGGACAUGGCCUCGCCGGCGUCAUGGCAGGAGCCACCGUCUCCUUCAUCGCGGCGCCCGUCGAGCACAUCAAGGCGCGCCUGCAGAUACAAUACUCGGCCAAGAAGAAUGAGAGGCUGUACUCGGGGCCGAUCGACUGUCUGAAGAAGAUAUACGGCGCACAUGGCGUCAGGGGCGUGUACAAGGGCCUCGCGGCCACGCUGCUCUUCCGCUCCUUCUUCUUCUUCUGGUGGGGUUCGUAUGAUGUCUUCACCAGAUUACUGCGGGAUAGGACGUCGCUGAGCGCGCCGGCGAUCAACUUCUGGGCCGGAGGGCUGAGCGCGCAGGUCUUCUGGAUUACGAGUUAUCCCAGUGACGUCGUGAAGCAGAGGAUCAUGACGGACCCCAUGGGCGGGAAGCUGAAUGAUGGCACGCCGCAGUUCAGGAGGUGGUCCGAUGCCGCAAAGGCUGUGUACAGGGAGACUGGCUACAAAGGAUACUGGAGAGGUUUCCUGCCGUGUUUCUUGAGGGCUUUCCCCGCGAACGCGGCUGCUUUGGUGGCGUUUGAAGGCGUUAUGAGGAAUCUGCCUUGA